UCGAGUGUAUCAGGUCUACCUACAAUGAGCUUAGCGUGUGGAGUUGUUUAUCACAUGUUUGUUUUAUUCUCUACAGGUCCAGUGGGGAGAGUACGGAGCCGUUAGUAGUGUGUGUGUGUACAUGACCCUGGCCCCGUGAUGAUGAUGAAAGGCCUUUCCAGCAGCCGCAGUCACCACCACAUGGUGGCCUGCGAGCCUUCGUAUGACCCUAUGGGUCACCACGGUGAUCGCAAGCCCUACCUCAUCAGCCAGAUCGAGGCUCCACCUCCUCCUGAUCAUCCGUAUUACUCGUCACGGAGCUCGUACCAGCCGGAUUGUGUGGUGCCUUACGGGACCUUCCCGCGGCGCCACUACAGCACAAGCCAUGAGCCUAAAGAAGAGUGUGCUGUCGUGCCGUACACGGGUGGAAUGGGGCCUCCGGGAAAAUGCCAACGAGUGCCAGUUAGCCUGCUGGAACAUCUCGAUCGGCAGCUUCCAAUGGCACGGGAUGGCUAUCACACACUGCAGUAUAAACGUGCAGCGGCUGCUGCGGCCGCUUUAGAGCAGCGAAAUGACAGUCCUGGGCGUAUCCGGCACUUGGUGCACUCGGUGCAGAAACUUUUUACCAAGUCACACUCGUUAGAGGGGCCUCACCACGGUGGACAUGGGCACGGACACAGUAAGAGCAGUAUGAACGGAAGCAAAGCCAGUCCAGACGGAGAGAACACGCCGGCGCCGACACCACGGCAGCGCAAACGGAGCAAGAGCCGCGAGCGCUGCAAAUCGGCUGAGCCCAAGCAGCGGACACCACCCUCGGGAUACUGGAGCUCGGACGAACUGGAGCGGGACGUCUGCCCUCUGCGCCAUGCCGCGCCAGGCAUCAUGACCGUGGGACGUCACCCGGAGCGGGCGCAGUCUCAGUACUUCCUGGAGGCGUGCGGAGCAGAGCCGACGCUGAAGAAUUCGCGCAGCAGCAGCGACGUAGCCAAGUGCACGUCGUGCGCCAUCACGGCACCGGGCACGGAUGUGGCACAGCUGGCGAAGAAGAGCGCAUGGUCGUCCUCUCUCACGGUGAGCAGGGCGCGCCAGGUGUACCAGCAGGCCGCUGUAAAUCUAGAUAAGGCGCUAGUGAAAGCAGAAGCUUGUCAGCAGGAGCGCACAUGCCAAUUCUUGCAGGUGCCUCAGGACGAGUGGGCGGGGUUCCCCAUGGGGAAGGAAGAGGACAUCCCGUGCAGGCGCAUGCGCAGCGGCAGUUACGUUAAAGCCAUGGCCGAGGACGACAGCGGCGACUCGGAUGGAAGCCCCAAACCGUCACCCAAGAUGCAGGCGAGACGAGCCAGCUACCUCAAAGCCACGCAGCCGUCACUCACCGAGAUGACCACGCUCAAUAUUUCUACAGAACACUCCCCGAAGCUGCAGAUCAGGAGUCACAGCUAUCUGCGAGCCGUCAGCGAAGUUUCCAUCAACAGAAGUAUGGAGAGUCUGGAUCCUAAAGCUCUCCUCGCCUCGCCUCAAUACCGCUCGCGCAACGAGAGCUACAUGAGGGCUAUGAGCACCAUUAGCCAGGUGAGCGAGGUGGAGGUGAACGGUCAGAUCGAGGCUGUGUGUGAAAGCGUCUUCAGCGAGAUGAACGCUCAGGCGGUGGAUGCUCUGGACUUGCCGGUUCCCGGAUGUUUCCGGAUGCGGAGUCACAGCUACGUACGCGCCAUCGAUCAGGGAUGCUCGCAGGACGAGGACGGACCGUUACUGCCCGCAUCACCGCCACGGACCACCACCACGGUCCGGACCAUUCAGAGCAGCACGGUGUCGUCGUGUAUCACCACCUAUAAGAAGACGCCUCCACCGGUGCCUCCGCGCUCCUCCACCAAGCCCUUCAUCAGCAUCACGGCUCAGAGCAGCACCGAGUCGGCGCAGGACGCCUACAUGGAUGGCCCAAGUCAUCGCCAUGGCGACACGGCACUGCACUCUGCCCUCAGUAACUCCACAGAGAGCAUCGACAGCAUGAAGGCUCUGACGGCCGCCAUCGAGGCGGCGAACGCGCAGGUGCAUGGCCCCGCAAGCCAACACGUCAACUCCAGCAACACCGCCGGCCACGCCUCGCCCCUCCCCCUGCCCCUCCCCCUGCCCCUCCCUGUCCCCAUACAGGUCCCCAUACAGGUCCCUACACUAGAGGAGGCACACAGAGACGCUCUGCGCAAGGGCCGGUGUCUCUCCAUCGGCAUACAGGUGGACGGCCCUGAAGAUCAGGAGGCAGAGGACCAGUCGAAGUUUCAGUCAGUAGGGAUCCAAGUUGAGGAUGAGAGAAGUCAUCGCCGGAUCAUGCGCUCCAACAGCGUGACGGCGGCGGUGCAGGCCGACCUGGACAUGCCCGAUUUCUCACCGACCGAGUCUCCGGACGCCGACGUCACCUUCUCUCGGGACGCCACGGCCUCCACGGUGAGCAUCCAGGGCUCGGGGAACCACUACCACGCCUGCGCCUCGGACGACUACGCCUCUGUGGGCUUCGACCCGUCCGUGCUGCCGCCCCCCGAGCCCUGGGUGGACAGCGGCGUUCCCGAGGACCCGCUCCAGAGCGCACGGAGCCGCUCGGUGUGUCAGCGUGACGGACGCUGGUUCCUCAAACUGCUGCAGGCUGAAGCCGAGCGCAUGGAGGGCUGGUGCAGGCAGAUGGAGCAGGAGGAGCGGCACAACGAGCUUCCCGACGACAUUCUGGGGAAGAUCCGCAGUGCAGUAGGCAGUGCCCAGCUUCUCAUGUCUCAGAAGUUCCUUCAGUUCAGAGAGCUGUGUGAGGAGAACCUGAACCCCAACGCUCACCCGCGACCCGUAGCGCAGGAUCUGGCCGGCUUCUGGGACAUGCUGCAGCUCUCCAUCGAGAACAUCAGCCUGAAGUUCGACGAGCUACACCAGCUCAAGGCAAACAACUGGAGACCCCUCGACCCCCCUGAAAGAAAGUGAGCCAUUUUCAGAAGUCAUUCCAUCUGGCACUCAAAACCACUGUAACCCCGCCCCCUGCUGGGCUGCUCCAUCCUCAUGCACAGCUUCGUAGCCGUAGUGCUGCUGUGUGUGUGUGUGUGUGUGUGUGUGUGUGUGUGUGUGUGUGUGUGUGUGUGUGUGUGUGUUCAGAUGUGCUCCGUCUCUCUUUCAUGUGUGCUGUCACUCUCACCCUGUCUCUGUUUCCAUCCAUCUGAUUCUGUGGCAAAAAAGGUGAGGUGUAAAAGUUGUAGUA